UUCUUGUUCUUAUACCCUUAUCAUUUCAGCUUCUUUAGUUUGACGCUUUCAUCUGAUGCACAGUUCGAUUUAGUUUUCUUAAGGGUGAUAAUGGAGACAGAGAAGGCUUCUUCUUGGUUUGAAGAUGAACUUGUAAGGGAACUUUUUGACGAUGAAACUCCAUUGUUUGUGCUACCGCAAGAGAAUACUGAACCAAAGUCAAGUCCAGCUGCAAAUGAAGAGACUGUUAAUAGGCUCACUUCAGCCAUCUAUUCUGGCCCAACCAUUGGAGAUAUCGAGAAUGCGUUAUCCAUGACAACUCAAAAAGACCAAUAUUCCGAAGAUCUUUCUCAAGCCAGAAUUUCAUUGCUAGAAGGGGGUUUUGGUAAGCUUGAUCACAAAUACACUCUCAAAAUCAAGAGCUUGGGCAAUGGGAUGGCUGAUGAUGGAUAUAAAUGGAGAAAAUAUGGCCAGAAAUCUAUCAAGAAUAGCCCCAAUCCUCGGAGCUACUACAAAUGCACAAACCCAAGGUGCAGUGCAAAGAAGCAGGUGGAGAGGUCCUGUGAGGACCCAGAAACACUAAUAAUCACCUAUGAAGGGCUGCAUCUUCACUUUGCUUACCCAUAUUUUCAAAUGAAUCCACCAAUGAAGAAGCAGAAAACAUUAACAACCAUUUCGCAAGUCAAUUCCCAGCCUCAGGAAACACAACGACAGCCACAAGAUGUCCAUGGGAGCCCAUCAAACUUCAAUUUUGAAGCCCCACCAAGGACGUUUGACGACUGCAGACUGCUGGAACCAGCUGCAGAACAAGGACUAGCGAUCAGCCCACAAGGCCUGCUAGAAGAUGUGGUGCCUUUGAUGAUUCGCAAUCCCUCUGCCACCAAUGUCUCUUCCAAUACCACUUCUUCUUGUUCGUCUUACCGUUCACCUCCCACUUCACCAUCUUCUUUGUCCUGGUCCCCUGGUUAUUCACCUUUGUGUUUUGAUAUGGGCUUGCAUUCAAUUUAAUAUUAUGAGUUUUUAUUAGGUGAAGGUGUACAUU